AACAAAGUUUCUGCCAAAAUAGCUAAUAUUGUAGUCUCUACCAUACUAGUUUGUAGUUGAGACUUGAGAUGAAUGAAUGAUCAUUCAAACUGGGGUUUGGUUAUAUUUCAUGCUAUGAUUGUUCGUCUCUAUUCACACCUUGUUGGUUUAUAAUUAUUAUCAUUCUGCAAUAAUUUCUCUAUGUUUUUUGCUGGUUUAGGAUUGGGUGGGGGCUGAAGUGAUGUUAUAUCUACUGUUAUGGUGCCCCCUAUCUUCUUCAAUUUCUUGUAUUUUUGUUCAUGGGUUGAAGCACCCCUUGUGCUUCCUUUAAUUUAUCUUCUUUGGCUUUUUCAAAAAAAAAAUAUUUAUUUCCCUCUUUUUGGUUGGCACAGCAGGGGUUAUGGCUGGUUUAAUCUCACCACCUGAUGUACAUAAGCUCCAAAGAAAUAACGUGGGCGACAUGAAAGAUAUGAUCAGCAUCUUACCUGAUUGUAUUCUUCAUCUUAUUCUUUCUUUACUGCCUACCAAAGAGGCUAUUCGAACUUCCAUUUUGGCUAAAAGGUGGAAGUACUUGUGGACCUUCUUAUCUUCCUUUGAUUUUAGAAGUUAUUUGUUUAGGCCCAGCAUGAAGGAAGACCGAAAACAGAAAUCUGCAUGUUACCUUCUAGAUCAAGUGAACAGACUACUUUAUCAUUCUAAUUGUGUAAAAAAGCUAUGUGUCACAGCUUCUGGAGUUUCCAUUGAUGUGGAUAGAGUCAAUUCUCUUAUAUCUUCUGCAGUGAAGCACAAAAUCGAAGUGCUUAAGCUUUUGGUACAUGUAAAGCCUUUGUUUGUGUUACCUAACUUCUGCUCAGCUUCUGAUACAUUGAAUAAGCUGGUUUUAGAACCUCACUGUGUUCUAGAUGUUGCUAGUGGAAUUUAUUUCCCUAGCCUGAAGACAUUAAAGCUCUCACGUGUUACCUUUGCAAAUGAGAAGUCAGUUCAACAGCUUUUCUCUGGGUGCCCUGUCCUACAAAAGUUAAGCUUGUGUAAUUGUAAUUGGUGUAACAUCAAGCAGAUCAGCAUUACAACUCCUACAUUAAAGAUAUUAACCAUCUUUUCGGGCCUCAGCGUUUAUAUGAAUUCUACAGUCAAGAUUGAUGCUGGAAAUCUUUUAUAUUUCAGUUACACAGGCUAUUCAAUGGUAGAUUUUGUCCUUGUUAACCUGGCCUCCAUAGUUGAUGCACGUGUUGAUUGUUUCUAUCCAUUAUUUGGACAUACUAUUGGUACCCCUGUACCUAAACUAUUGGGUGGACUUGGUAGCAUCAAAUCUCUUAAACUAUCAAAUGAUACUCUUCAGGCAUGUUUAACUGCUUCCUGAUCAUCUUCAUUUUUUUAACUGUAUGACAGCUAUUGAUCAUGUUUGCCAAUAUCUAUAUGAACGUAUUAUAUUUACUUCAUAUUCUAAGUACGCUUCAGGCCAACAGAGUUGGUUUAACAAUAAAUGUACUUUUCUUUCUUUUACUAGUGUCUUUUGCUUGCAAAAUAUGCGCUCCAUCUCCUUCCCAUGUUCAACAAUUUGACACGUGGAUUUGGGAGCUUCCGAGUUCACUAGUGAAGCACUAAUGAACAUUCUCCAAAAGACACCUAAAUUGGAAGUUCUUCAUAUUCCUCUGAUCUGCUUGGAUGCUCAAGACUGGAUACUGAACUCAGUACCUUGCUGUUUCAAAUAUAGUCUCAAACUAUUUUCUAUUUCACAUUUUCGUGGGCGUGUAGCUGAAAUCCAGUUGCUGAAGUUUUUGUUAGAAAAUGCCGCAGUUUUAGGGGAGAUCCGGAUAUUCUGUUCGAAAACUUUAUCUGUUAAUUUGAAGAAGCAGGCUGAGGUGAGCAAUCAAUUGCAACCUGUAUGCCCAGGAAGUUGUGUCAUCAAGUUUCAGUAAAUCUUCUUUCUUUCUUUUACUUUUUGCAAAAAGGGAUUCAUUUAUGUAUGAUGUUACUUCAUUCUAAAGCUUGAAUUGUUGUUAGCUGAAUUCGAUUUACAUGGUUAGACUAACAAGAGUGGUUUAUGGGACAUUCACUUUACGAAAUGAUUUUAACAUUGGAAAUAAACAUAAUAUUGGAUAUAAUUGACUGUGCUAAAUUUUUCAGAAUGAUCAGUAUUGCUUAGAUCCAUUGUUCAAUAUAAGCCUCAUCAUAAUCAGCUUUAAAAUUUCUUUUCGUGAGCAGCACUUUUAAGAAGUG